AUGCAAUUUUCCAUCCUAAACCAUUUUCAUCUAAAGUCAACGAACGGAGAUGGUCACUUUGAACUGGAUGUGAUUUCAUACGUCGAUCCUCGGGGGGAGCUAGCGGACGGCUCAUGUUGCGACCCGCCAUCGUCAUCAUCGUCAUCGUCAUCGGCCGAUGGCAUUCAAGAAUGUGUCAACGAGUGUGAUGUCGCCUUCCGUGCUUGCCUUACCAACUUCCAGCCGCGCACGACGUAUGAUGGACGAUGUGUAUUUGGUGAAGGUAGCACCGAUGUCGUCGGUGGAAACACAUUGUUGUCUAUCGUCGAUGGCGACAUCGACACGAGAUCCGCAUCGGUAAAUUCUACCCCACCUGCUGAGAAAGACACAACUAUCAAGUUCCCGUUUGAUUUUGCGUGGCCGACAACAUUCUCCCUGAUCCUGGAGGCUCUGGAUGUUGAUGGAAAUGGUGUUGAAAAGUCACAGAAACCACCAUCUACCAAAUCCUCAUUACCAUCGUCGUCGUCAUCAUCAUCACCACAACAAUCACAUACACCAACAAUGCCCUUUAUUAUACCGAUGCCCAUACCAGUAACAACAGAAACCGCUUCGUUAACAAAUGCAUUUGAAACAACCACGUCCACGUUGGGGUCUCGAAACGUGACCUUCCAGUUGAUCGAACGCGCCUACCACUCCGGCAUCCUGGUCCCCUCCUCGUCCUGGGUCGCUCUUCGUCACGACGGCGCCACGGCCACCGUGCUCUACCGCGUCCGCCUCCAGUGCGACGACGACUUCUACGGGAAGACGUGUUUGAAUUACUGCACGCCUCGCAAUGACCAGUUCGGACAUUACACGUGUGAUGAUGACGGCGGUAGGGUGUGCGACCACGGUUGGACCGGGAGUCAUUGUAUGAUAUCAAUAUGCAAGAAAGGAUGUCACGCGACAUACGGCUUCUGUGAUUCUCCAGAUGAAUGCAGGUGCCGUCAUGGUUGGCAAGGUGAGCUUUGCGAUCAAUGCAUGCCAUACCCUGGAUGCAAACAUGGUGGUUGUGUAUCGCCUUGGCAGUGUAACUGCGAGUACAAGUGGGGCGGACUCCUGUGCGAUCAAGCUCAGGGGGCGUGUUACUCGAAUCCGUGCAUGAAUGACGGCCAGUGCGAGGAAGUCGACCACGGAUUCGUCUGCUACUGUUCCCCAGGAUGGACAGGGAUAGCAUGUAAUUCCAAUAUUGACGAUUGCCUUCAUUCUCCGUGUUUGAAUGGUGGCUCAUGUUCAGACCUCGUAGAUGGGUAUGAAUGUCAUUGUACAUCACAAUGGCAAGGCCCUGUGUGUCAAUAUGAUUCGAAUGAAUGCACAGGACAGCCAUGUGUGCACGCCUUCCGAUGUAGAAACCGAUUCGGUGAUUACUUGUGUGACUGUCAGCCCGGUUGGACAGGCAGAAACUGCGAUGUCAAUGCUAACGACUGUUUAGGACAUUGUUUGAAUGGUGCAACAUGCAUGGACCUGAUUAACUCGUUCAUCUGCGUUUGCCAACCGGGAUACACUGGCAUCGAAUGCGAGACGAACGUGGAUGAAUGCAGCAGUGAUCCUUGUAUGCAUGGAGGGAAGUGUACGGAUCUCAUUAAUGGAUACCAGUGUGAGUGCAAGCCAGGGUUCUCAGGAACACGCUGCCAGUAUGACGUGGACCUUUGCAACCCAAACCCUUGUGGGCAUGGAGCAAACUGCUUUAAUCUCUUUGGAGACUACUUCUGCGCCUGUCCAGAAAGCCACCAAGGAAAGAAUUGCUCCGAUGCAAAGACGUUGUGUAAAGGUUCACUCUGUCAGGUGAUAGAUAGUUGCACCGUGACAGCAGGGGCUACCAGUACCGGUGGACCGACCCAGCAACCAUCGAACGUUUGUGGUCCUCAUGGCGCCUGCAUCAGUCUGGAUAAUAAUGGAGGAUUCUCCUGCAUCUGUGACACAGGAUACACCGGCCUGUAUUGUCAUGAACGGAUUGACUAUUGCGAAAGUGACCCCUGUCAGAAUGGAGGUACUUGUAUCAACACUGUCUUGUCAAUACAAUGUGUCUGUACCCCAGGAUGGGAGGGUCUCUUCUGUCACAUCAGUACUGAUGAAUGCUCUGCGACCCCGUGCAGAAACAACGGAACCUGUGUGGAUCUUCAUGCGGAUUUUACAUGCGUGUGCCCUAAACGAUGGAUGGGGAAAACUUGUAAUUCACUUGAAAGCCAUUGUGACUCGAGCACGUGUCGUAACAAUGGAGUAUGUGAAGACGCCGGUCAAUCAUUCAUGUGUCUCUGCCCACCAGCAUGGGAAGGAAUAUCUUGUCGGAUAGCUAUCCAGGACAGAUGCACUGGUAGUCCAUGCGAAAACGGGGCGACAUGUAUUCCAAGUGGAGAAUCGUAUACGUGUAUCUGCAAAGAUGGUUUUGAAGGAGUAAAUUGUGAGAAAAAUGUGGAUGACUGUCGCCUAAACCCCUGCCAUAAUGGAGGAAAGUGUGUGGAUGGUAUCAACUGGUUUCUCUGUCAGUGUGCAGAUGGAUUCGCAGGACCUAGCUGCAGAAUAAAUAUCAAUGAAUGUCUUUCAAGCCCAUGUGCUUAUGGCAGUACGUGUGUGGAUGGUAUGGCAUCAUACACAUGUCACUGUCCACUAGGAAGGAACGGAACAACCUGCUCACAAGUAAUUGGUUACGACCCCAUGCCGAGAUCGUGUCAGUCUGGUCGACAUCUUCGUGUUCAUGACGAGACCUGGCAGCAGGACUGUAACCGAUGUCGCUGUGAUGAUGGGCACAUCGUCUGCUCGAAGAUAUGGUGUGGUCCAUCGUCGUGUCUAGCUGUCGCAGAUGAAACCUUCAGCAUGUACGAGCCCGACGACCAAUCUGUUUUUAGCUGCUCUCAAGGUUUCUUUUGUCGGCCUAUACAAGAACAUGAGUGUUUUACGCCUCCUUGUCAUCCGUGGGGAGUCUGCGAAAAGACGGCAUCCGAAGCAAGUUCGGAUGGUUACAGACAAGAACAUGGAUACCUAACGGGACGGGUUGAUAAUCUAAAAGAUGGAAGAGACUUAUCUUUGUCGGUAGACCAUACAGGCAUGAUUGGUUGCGAAUCUGGCGGGAACAAUGAUUUAUCUGGAACUUGUAUCCGUCUCUUACUGACGUUCGACUUGUGGAUAAUGCCUGUGGGGAUGACUGUUGAGGCUGUUUGCAAUGAUAUCAGACAGCUACCACAUAUACACGAUGCUGCCCAGGAUGCCGCCAUAUUCAUCAUCUGCCGAAAGGCUCCUCAAGAAACCGAUACUAUCGAUUUGACGGUGUCGACAGACGGGAAUGCCAAUGCGAUCACGGCAAAUAACGUCAGCCAGGCUUUGAUUUCGGGUCUCCAGGGUCGAUCAGGAAACAGUCCCGUGGUUCUUAACGCAAUCACCAGCAUUCAACAAAUGUCACCUUCGUUAGUAGUUAGCGCCAGAUUUAAUGCCAGAUUUCUUAUCCUUGCGUACAUGGUUGUUUUAGUAGCGAUCUCACUCUUCGGCUGCACUGUAAUCGCAUUCGGUCGUCGACGUCACGGCUGUCUCAACUCGCAGCCACCGCCCCCUCCGCCGUCCUUACCACUUCACGUCCUUACGGGGAGCGAUCAGGGCAUCGCUGAAUCAGCGACUACCAUCACCACCAUCACCACCACCAUGCACCAAGCCCUCAAUGAUUACAUCAUCGACGAAAACAAGACGUCAGAUAAAUCAUCGACAUCGAGGACGUCCAGUUCGUUUAGGGAUGACGUCCAUCAUUACGAGAACGACGCUAGAAGGAAUCAGCCUACAUCAACCGGCUAUUUGGUGCCUGAUUUUGAACGGUUGAACCAUUCGAAUAAGGGAUCAAAUAGAAGAGUAGCAAGGAGGCCUAGAUCUAGAUCGGAGAAGGAGCCAACUUGAAUCAACGACAUUUUAAAAGAUGGACUUGUCAAGCAAGACAUUUUUACAUUCAGAGAUAUACUGGACGCGAAGAAGAAGCCGUCACUACACCACUAGAUAUCACACAAGGAAUAAGCGUCCAUUGAGAUCAAAACCAUCAGGUCUUUCAACAAUCCAACAGUUUAUUGAAGGCUGAUGACGUUCAUGUAUUAUAUCUAUACUCAGAGUCAUAAUUUAUUGCAUAAUGUAAUUGGUGAUAUCACUUCAAUAAGAAUAGAUCGCCUGUAUACAGUUUACUUUUGCGAAUUAAAAAAUUACCCCUUUAAAUAAUCAAAAGCGCCAUUUGUCCUUACUCCAAUACGAAUUUAUGACAGCAUGACAUCGAGGCCUUCAGUAAUAUCAGUAUGAAUGAGCUAAAAAUUGGUUGCACUAUAAUUAUAAUCAUGAUCAAAUCUUUCGGAGCUACCAUGACCUUUAAAUUUGUAACCUCUAUUUGUAAAAUAUUGACUUGUAUCCAUAAUUCGUAGUGCAUUUAUUUAUUAUUCAAUCCCUCGCAGCAGCACGCUUUCACAUCAAAAUAAUGUCUAAACUUGCGUCCUCGUCAUCGAAAAGUGUUUUUGAUUAUAAAAAAAAAAAUAUCUUGAGAGGCGAAACAAAGUUCCCCCUUUUUU